GAUGAAGUGCAGGUGUCUGGUACUUUUGGCUGUCGUUUUAUUAGCCACGUUGGUAUUGGCCGAAGGAGAAAUUUGGGAAGAAGACGAAAAGGAGGUGCUGAUCAGGAGUGAAAGGGGUGCGAAGAACGGAAAAGAGCCUUGCCGUUAUGAAAAAGGACCGUGGAGCGAGUGUGAUCAGAAGAGUAACAUGAGAGCAAGGCAGCUGACAUUGAAAAAGAAAGCCGAUGGAUCCACAUACCCGAAUUGCGAGGAAACAAAAACAAUCCAAAAGAAGUGCAAAAAAGCCUGCAGAUACGAGAAGGGAACAUGGAGCACAUGCAAUCCACAGAAUGAGAUGGUCCGCACAGACACAUUGAAGGAAAAGAGCGAUCCAUCUUGCGAACAGAAGAGAAUAACAACUAAAAAGUGUAAGAACAAAGCCGGCCGUCCUAACAAGGCGAACAAAGUUUCAGGUUCAAGGCGCAACAGGCAGUAGAAGAAAGAACUGAGAAGCAGUGAUAAAGCCAUUCAUUAUAAACAGUAAUUUUCAAAUUAACGCUAAUCAUCUUUCACGUUACCUUUUACCUUUCAUUAUAUUUCCUCAAAUCAUAAAUAUUUUUAAAUGAUAAUUACAGCCAGUAAUAUAAAUUCUUUCUUAUGCAACUCCCUGAGCAUUUGAACAGAAAUCAAACUGAACUCACCUGAAUAUACGUGCAACAAGUAAUAUAACUUUUGAAAGUAAAUUUUUAUAUAUACUAUAUAUAACAAUAAAGGAAUACACAAAAAAAUCAAGUUCUAUCUAACUUUUAAAAAUAUAACUUAGUUUCCUUUCCUAUAAUAAAAAGUUAUCAUGUUGAUAUUGAUAUUGAAGAAGAUUAUAUCCCAGGUGUUUGUCCUGUUCAUAGAAAAAGAAAAGCAAGUUUGGACAUUUUGCUUCAGCUAGAUUUUAUUUCUUCUCUUUAAAAAAUAUGAUUUUCAACAUAUUUUUCAAAGUGGCUUCCAUACUUUGAGAUUCCCUUUUCCAUGAGUUGAACAAUUUCCCAAUGAAAAUAGCUAGAAAAAUUAUUAGCUGUAUAAAUAGUUAAUAUUGCAUUAAUACAUUUAGAAAUCAAACGUUUUUCAUAUUUAACGUAUAUGUUUCUUAGAACUCGUUAAUUGAUCAUUACACUUAAUUACUGAUAUAAAAAAAGCAUAAAAUGAAAAAAGAAAAGAAUGUUGGUGUAUAUAUAGUGUGUUGUAGAGUACAUGUUAAGUGUUUAUUAAGAUACAUGUUUAAGGAGCAAAGUCUUCUGUUUACCCACUUAAUCAGAUGAAACUUAAGUUUUUAUCUUGUUUUUAUUUUCUUGAUUAAAACAACAAAACAUGUCAUAUAAUUAAUUUUAAAUUGUGUGUAAUCUUCACAUUUGAGUACAAGAUCUGACAAUUGGAAUAACAAUUGGCUAGAAACAUUAGAUUGUAAAAGCAUAAAACAUAAUCCAAUAGGAUGUUCCAUUGGUCAGAUUUUUGUAACAAUCUUAUAGUACUAUCUUUAUAUAUUUGUUAUUGUGGAUGUAAUAGAUAUUAAUAAUAAAAAUUAAGUCAAUCUUUUUUUUUAAA